UCUCUGCUGUGUGUGUUGUGUAGCACUAGGCAAGUUAGGAGUCUCCCGGUCUAGUGUGAUCUGUUGCAGUGUGGCGUGGACUUGGUAUCCAAGGAGAGAUAGAGAAAGAGAGAGAGAGAGAGAGAGAGAGAGAGAGAGAGAGAGAGAGAGAGAGAGAGAGAGAGGGAGUGACCGGUGGAGACCCUGGGGGGACAAAUCAAAUCAGACUCCGUUCUCGGAGGGGAGUUCUAUUUGAGCCACUGACUCUGGAAUUCUUCUGGGAGUCUUCCCACGACUCGCCAUAACAUUCCAAGCCAGUCGGAGUGGGACUCCAGCCAGGUACUGUAGGGAAAAAAAUCUUAUUUCUUUCAUCUUCUUUCACUUUCUCUGUGAUGGGAUUGUUUCACGUAACCUUUCCACCCCUCUUUAACGUUGCCGACUUUUGAGACAAUGGCAACAAACAGCAUGAAAGAAAAAGUUCAUACAACUCUUUUAGAUGGCUAACUAGAUGUCGAUGUCAAUAGUGCAAUGACUGAACACUAUGAUACUAUUGAAGAAAGUGAAAGAGAAAGAAGGGAACUUGAAAGGCAUACCAGAGUCCAAUCAGACUUUCUUUUGUACAGCCCAAGACAGCAACAGUGGCUACCCGUCACAGGAAUCGUCUUUAUCCUCAUAUGCAGAAGAAGCACAAAGCAUUGGAACCGAAUAGGGAGAGUUCUCAUCUAAAAGGAAGUAUCAUUCUCUGGCUUGCGGUUUAUUCGAGUUUCUUAUAUCUGGAGAUUCCAGCAUUAGGAAUGAAGGCUGUCCUUUCUUCAUGAAGGAGUCUGAGUUGAAGUGCAGGGUUGCAGACAAAGUUCAAGUCAAGGGGAAAAAAACAUUCCUGCAUGGAGCUGGAGAGCACAGAUGGAUUGCACAGAUGAGAAGAGAGCCCCAAGUUCACAUGGAGGGCCCUGCUGUAUUCACACAUCCUCCAGCAUGAAUGAAAUGACACCUCUCAAAAAGCUCUUUUGACAACCACCUUCUUGGUCUACAGUACUUUGUCCCAAACAAAUAUAAACACCCAAACAAAACAAAACAAAGCAAAACACACAACAACAAUAAAAAACACCCCAAGAUGAACUUCUGUCUGGGGCAAGUCUUCAGCAAGGACAAGACCUUUAGGCCGCGCAAGCGCUUCGAGCCGGGCACUCAGAGGUUCGAGCUGUAUAAGAAGGCCCAGGCCUCGCUCAAGUCCGGCCUCGACCUGCGCAAGGUGGUCCAGCUCCCCGAGGGCGAGAACAUCAACGACUGGUUCGCGGUGCAUGUGGUGGACUUCUUCAACCGCAUCAACCUCAUCUAUGGCACGGUGAGCGAGUUCUGCUCGGAGCGCACGUGCCCCAUCAUGUCGGGCGGCCCGCGCUACGAGUACCGCUGGCAGGACGGCGAGCACUACAAGCGGCCCACCAAGCUGCCCGCCCUCAUGUACAUGAACCUGAUGAUGGACUGGAUCGAGACGCUCAUCAACAACGAGGACAUCUUCCCCACCAGGAUAGGUGUUCCAUUUCCAAAGAACUUCCAGCAGGUGUGUAAGAAGAUCUUAAGCCGGCUGUUCCGCGUCUUCGUCCACGUCUACAUCCACCACUUCGAUGUUAUCUGCAGCAUGGGGGCGGAGGCACACAUCAACACCUGCUACAAACACUAUUUCUUCUUCAUCUCCGAGUUCAGCCUCAUCGAACACUCCGAGCUCGAGCCUCUGAAAGAAAUGACAGAGAAGAUCUGUAACUGAAGAGCUUAUUGGUGGAGCCCUAAAGGACCAAUUGACCACCAACAUCACACCGAUGACACAUUGGUGCUACGCAGACUCAGAGGACUGUAGCCUAUUUUAAGAGACCCUAAUUCACAGUGAUAGACAACCCAGAUUCACAUGUCACAUAUUCCAAAUGACCUGGUGUUGCCUGUCCAAUUCAACCAGGUGACUGCCUGCUUAAAUUAUCACCUGGCUGAAUUGGACUGGUAACACCAGGUCAUUUGGAAUAUGUGACACUGGAUUAUAGCUAAUGAUUCCAGGCUGCCCAUCACUGCUCUGUGAUGAACAGUAGCCAUGUUUGAUACCCAUGCUCUCGCUCUCUCUUUUAAAAAAUGUAUAUUAUGCAUGCCAAGUUUCAAUACAGUUUCGGGCAAGAUGUUUUUUGUUGUUGUUGUUGCUUCUACAUUCCCUUGUUUCCCUGCAUGACUUGCAUAGCAGGGAAAAAAUGAGCCAGAUGUUUUUUUUUUCUUUGUUCACUUGAACCAGCAUGAGGACCAGUAUUGUGUUUUUUUGGGGGGGAAAUAUGACUGAACUCUAGACGCAAUUUGAGAUAGUAGGCACAGUCAAAUGCUGACACGCCACAACACGUUUGACAUAUUUAAUAAAGAAAAACAAUCCUUGUUCUAGAGGUGACCGUUGUCUAGAAAAAAAAGUUUAUUUAUUGAUCAUAAUAGAUCUCAACCACUCUAAGUACAUAUUGGUAGCAUGUUUCAAAAAAGUGUAUUGUUGACAUUGUCUUGACAUGGAUGUUUUUACAGUAAUACAAUAAAUAAAGUGUUUGACUGUAUGUUUGGAAAAUUGUUAUCCUCCAUAAUGUCUAUUAUCUCCAGAAUAUGUUGUCAUUUUUUGGUAUGCAUGUGUGCUGCACACAUGCAGAGCUUUGAUCACUUUUGUGCUAUCAUGAAUGCUGUGUUUGUUAUGGGAUCUGCACUGCUGAAUGUGCUCAGGUUAUAACCCAUCAGUGUUGCCAGAUGUACGAUUAUUAUCGUUUUUGUACCAUAAUUUUGUCCAAUUU